GUAGCAAGUUAAGUGGCAGGCAGCCUUUAUUCCGAAAGUCUCAGCAGCUAAACCUUCCCAGGCAAACCUUGAUAGAAGAGCCCUCACCCCAGCAAUAAUAGCUGAGGAACCUGGAGAAGAGCCGGGAAUGGAGAGACAGCAAAGGUUCAUGUCAGAGAAGGAUGCAUAUCAGUUUCAGCAUCAGGGGGCGGUGGAGCUUCUGGUCUUUAAUUUUUUGCUCAUCCUUACUAUUUUGACAAUCUGGCUAUUUAAAAACCACCGAUUUCGCUUUUUGCACGAAACUGGAGGCGCGAUGGUGUAUGGCCUUAUAAUGGGAUUGAUCUUACGAUAUGCCACAGCACCAACUGACAUUGAAAGUGGAACUGUUUAUGACUGUGGAAAAUUGGCCUUCAGUCCAUCAACUCUACUAAUUAAUAUCACUGACCAAGUUUAUGAAUAUAAAUACAAAAGAGAAAUAAGUCAGCACAACAUCAGUCCUCACCAAGGCAAUGCAAUACUUGAAAAGAUGACAUUUGACCCAGAAAUCUUCUUCAAUGUUUUACUACCACCAAUUAUAUUUCAUGCAGGAUAUAGCCUAAAGAAGAGACACUUUUUUCAGAACUUAGGAUCCAUUUUAACCUAUGCCUUCUUAGGAACUGCCAUCUCUUGUAUCAUCAUUGGGUUAAUUAUGUAUGGCUUUGUGAAGGCUAUGGUCUAUGCUGGCCAGUUGAAAAAUGGAGACUUUCAUUUCACUGACUGUUUAUUUUUUGGCUCACUGAUGUCCGCUACAGAUCCAGUGACUGUCCUGGCCAUCUUCCAUGAGCUGCACGUGGACCCUGAUCUGUACACACUGCUGUUUGGAGAGAGUGUGUUAAACGAUGCAGUUGCCAUAGUCCUCACCUACUCGAUCUCCAUUUACAGUCCCAAGGAAAACCCGAAUGCAUUUGAUGCUGCUGCAUUUUUCCAGUCAGUGGGGAAUUUUCUGGGCAUCUUCGCUGGCUCAUUUGCAAUGGGGUCUGCAUAUGCAGUUGUCACAGCACUCAUAUCCAAGUUCACCAAACUUUGCGAGUUCCCCAUGCUGGAGACCGGCCUCUUCUUCCUCCUUUCCUGGAGUGCCUUCCUGUCAGCUGAGGCCGCAGGUCUCACAGGCAUAGUCGCUGUUCUUUUCUGUGGAGUCACACAGGCACACUAUACCUACAACAACCUGUCGCUGGAUUCCAAAAUGAGGACUAAACAGUUGUUUGAAUUUAUGAACUUCUUGGCUGAGAAUGUCAUCUUCUGUUACAUGGGCCUGGCACUGUUCACAUUCCAGAAUCAUCUCUUCAACGCCAUUUUUAUCCUUGGAGCAUUUUUGGCCAUCUUUGUGGCCAGGGCCUGCCACAUCUACCCCCUCUCCUUCCUUCUGAAUCUGGGCCGUAGACAGAAGAUCCCCUGGAACUUCCAGCACAUGAUGAUGUUUGCAGGUUUGCGAGGAGCCAUUGCUUUUGCCUUAGCCAUUCGCAACACAGAAUCCCAGCCCAAACAAAUGAUGUUUACCACCACACUGCUCCUGGUAUUCUUCACUGUUUGGGUGUUUGGAGGAGGGACAACUACCAUGCUGACCUGGCUUCAGAUCCGAGUUGGUGUGGACCUGGAUGAAGAUCUGAAGGAAGGGCCUUCCUCACAUCAGGCAACUAAUAACAUGGACAAAAGCAGGACAAAGACAGAGAGUGCUUGGCUCUUCCGAAUGUGGUAUGGCUUUGACCACAAAUACCUGAAACCAAUUUUAACACACUCAGGCCCACCACUGACCACCACGUUACCGGAAUGGUGCGGGCCGAUUUCCAGGCUGCUCACCAGUCCUCAGGCCUAUGGGGAACAGCUCAAAGAGGAUGAUGUGGAAUGCAUUGUACACCAGGAUGAACUGGCCAUGAAUUUCCAGGAACAAGCCACCUCCCCCAGCAGCCCUACUGGGGAGCUAGGUCUGAACCAGAGCACAUCGCCUCAGAUGCCCAGCAAGGAAAACAUUUAUGAGGGAGACCUGGGCCUUGGGGGCUACAAUCUCAAGCUGGAGCAGACUUCAGGUCCAGCCCAACUGAAAUGACAGGAAUUGUACAGGGACAAAAUCCAUGAGGAUGAAGACUGGGGCAGCUGCCAGGCAGCUGGAUGAGAACCUCAAAGAUCAUGCCUGACAUGUCCAGCCACCUCAAUAGGGCACCUGCAAAGGUGAACCACAUCCCUCUGCCUUCCCAGGGGCUGGAUAUCUUGCCAGCAGCCAUUUUUGUUAAUUCUCUGCGAAGUGUAGAGAUGGACACAGGGGGCAGCGCUCAGCUGAUGCUGGGCUGAUGAGGCCUCUGUUCCAUUCAGGUCCUGUGCCUCCAACUCAGGGCUCUGCCCCCAUCAGUGAGCUCUCAGUGCCCAGGCUUCUUGCUGAGGUUGUUAUGCCAAGGUGAACCCUGAGUUUGCAGUUCACAGGACCCCUUUCUUGCUGCAGUGCUAAAACUGAAAAUGGCUCCUCUAUGUCCAACUGGCUUUGGUAUUCUUUUAGGGUUCAGUGACAGUCUCCUGGCAGUUCCACAGAUACCUUCACCUCUUUUGGAUUCCAGCAUUCCCUGCAGUGACUCUGGCAUUGCAGGAAGAGGAGGGAGACCCAACUCUUGAGUUUUGAUCACAGCUGAAGCACCUGCAUCUUCUCUGAUGUAAAGAUACCUCAAGUUCAAUAUUUCUUAAAAUCCACGUCACCAUAAGCCCUUGGAGAGCAGGCUGGAAUCUCAGGGGUCCCAACUAGCAUGGGCCUGCUUCUAGGGAGACU